AAAAAACUAAUGUGCGAUGUCAUCAAUGAGCGACCGGACCCCGCAUGGUAGCCUGUUGAUGUUUGGACGGCACUUGCUAAGGGUCAGCAUGGCCAGGCAGUGGUCUGAGGGCCACUCCACAUCCAUCCUGUGUGUUGGGGCAUCUUUGGGACCCGAGUGCCUACUCGCCUCAGGCUCAGAAGGUGGAGAGGUCACAUUGUGGAGUCAAGAGGGAACGAUCAUAGGCCGUCUCACUCUCCCUGGUGAGGAGGAUAGCACUAGUGUUGUGUUUUCUCAUGCAGCUCCCGUACAGUUGUACGUGUCACAUGGAGACGCAGUGAGUGUACUCGACCCCCGAAACCUUAAGGGCCCUGUGGAGGAGUUUCAGGGUGCAGGGGAGGAGGAGAUCAAUGCGUUGGCCCUCAAUGAGACGGGUUCAGCCCUGGCAGUAGCUGAUGACUCCGGGGCGGUCCGGGUACUGGAGCUUCCUGGAGGAAAAGUGUGCAGGACUCUUCGUAGACACACUAACAUUUGCUCCUCUGUUGCUUUUCGGCCACACAGGCCCAACAACCUAAUUUCUGCUGGACUCGACAUGCAGGUGAUGCUUUGGGGUCUGCAAAAGACUCGUCCUCUUUGGACCCUGAACCUCCAGGAUGUGGCAGAGGAAGAAGGUGACGAUCAGCAGCGUCCUGGGCAGCUUUUUAAUCCGCCACUGGUCCACUGUGUCUCUGUGGCGAGUUGUGGGAACAUUCUGGGUUGUGCGGCAGAGGACGGGCGAGUGCAUGUGAUGCGGAUCGGCAGCGGCUCUAAACUCGACCAGCAGGGAGCAGUCAAGGCUCACAGUCAGGGGGCCUCACAAGCCCACUUUGUAAAUUUCCUUUCACACCCACACUGGCUCCUCACUGGGGGAAAUGACUGCCAGGUUGCCCUGUGGGACCUCAGUAAGCACCCAGUGGUGACUCCAGAGGAAAAGGCUGGAGUGACGGCUACCCCACGCAGGAAGAGCAAGAGCAAAGCAAAGAGGAAAGACCAAUCCCAGAAUAAAGCCAAGACCCCACCAAAGGUUGAAGCAGAGAAAGAAGAAGUGGACGAUGAAGAGGCAGCAUGUGCACAAGAGGUGACGGAGGAGAAGUCUGGCCCCAAACUUUGCAUCAGUCAUGGGGACAAAGUGAACUGGCUGUGCCCUGUUGUGCUGAAAGGAGAACCAAGUGUGGUGGUUGCAGAUCAGAGCUCCAGCCUGACCGUGUACCCUCUGUCUCCACUUUAGAUUCACUUUGCAUCAUGCUCUUUCAUAUUUUGUCUUGCCUUAUUUUAAACUUGUGUUUUUGAAACUCUGUAAGGUGUGUUCAGAACAAAGGUGUAGCAGAUUGUUGCCUCGUGUUACUUUCUGUGGAGUAUUUAGCAAUUAGAGAAUAUUUGGCGCCAAUAGGCGUACCUCCAAAUAUAUCAUAGAAAUGUUUAUUUCAGCAAUCAGACUGUAAUUACUCUUCCUGGCAUGCACCUGAUGUGGAACUCGCAAAUAUGCUGUUGUGUUGUUUCUCCCUAACAGUACUGGCAUUCUAUUAUAGAGCUUCGGGUGCCCACAAAUGGCAACAAUCAGUUCUCAUUUCUCAAUUUCCUAUUCUUGGUGAUGGCAGAAGAGUCUCAAGAGUUUGUAUGUUAUCGUAAAGAGCUGAAGCUGCUUUGCAUUUUGUCUGAGCAGACCCUAGAGUAUACACUCCAGUUUGAUGAUGUAUGAACCUGUUGAUGGUGUUUUAAAUAGUGACUAGCAUUGGGAUUUUGCAUUAAACAAACACUGGUGUUUCAAAAAGCACUGAAACAAACAAA